GUCCUCCGUUGCUAAGGAGGGCAAGAGACGCGGCCUUUAGCAACGGGCCCUUUCUCGGCGCCUGCGAGGCCCCGAUGGCGGCCGCCGCUAGCCCCACCGUCUUCCUUCUCAUGGUCAAUGGGCAGAUCGAGAGUGCGCAGUUCCCAGAGUUUGAUGACCUCUACUGCAAGUACUGCUUCGUGUACGGUUACGACUGGGCCCCUACUUCAGGUUUGGAAGAAGGAAUCUCGCAGAUCACUUCUAAAAACAGAGUCGCCCCGCAAGACCUGGUGUGGAAUUUCCCCAUUGACAUCACCUUCAAGAGCACAAAUCCCUUUGGCUGGCCUCAGAUAGUCAUAAGCGUGUACGGCCCUGAUCUUUUUGGGAAUGACGUGGUCCGAGGCUAUGGAGCGGUUCACAUUCCUUUCACCCCGGGGAGGCACAGGAGGACCAUCCCAAUGUUCGUUCCUGAAUCGACAUCCAAGCUGCAGAAGUUUACAAGCUGGCUUAUGGGAAGACGCCCAGAGUUCACGGACCCCAAGGUCGUAGCGCAGGGAGAAGGCCGAGAAGUGACCCGGGUGCGCUCGCAAGGCUUCGUCACCCUCUCCUUCAACGUGGUGACCAAGGACAUGAAGAAGCUGGGCUACGACGUGAGCCCUGCCAGCGCGUCCAACCCCUCGUUCACGUCAGUGGCGGGCGGCAUUCAAAACUACUGAACACCAGGUGGUUGCUGGCCUGCUUUGAAAGCCCGUAGGGUCACCUGCCCCCCUGGCAAAGGUAUUUGAACUAGGAUCACUCCAGAUGCCAGCUCAGGCCUGUUGUAGUUGUCACGGGACUAACAAGUGUGUCCUGAGGACCAUUUCAAAUAUUCUGUUACCAAGGUGCUAUGGCAGGGGUGCUGAGCUUACAACCCAUAGCCUGUGUCUGAACCCCGCCCCCUGCCCCACCAAAGCAAUUCUGGGUAGACCCCAAACACCAGUUUUGCCUGCAGUGACAAAAUCAGCAGCAAGUAACAUGGCAUCCCUAGACAGGGCAGAGAGGCCAGCAUUGUGCCAAGUCCACCCUCUUCAUAUGAACUGCAGAGCAGGCUGGGUUUUCUUUGCCUCUACCCAAUGCAGCAGGGAUAGUGAGCAUGGUAGUCUCAAGCUGACUGCAUCUCCCAUCAUCCCUGGCCUUCUGGCCAAGCCUGAUGGGAGUUGGAGUUCCAACAUCCGUAGAGCACUGACAAAGGGCCAUUCUACUGAAGGGAAUGCAGCAGGAUUGUGGAGGGUACCAGGCAAUAGCAGAUGGCUCAUAUAUGGCUGGUCAUGUAAGGAAGGGUUCCAUGUAUGUAGAAAUGUCGUACAGCAGGGAGCAAGCUUGCGGGCUUUGUUUUUUUUAGCAGUGCAACAUUUGAAAGGAUUACCUGCAGCUCAAAAUCGUGGGUCGUUUUUUUACACCUCACAAGCCUACACAGUAGGAGGGUUGGCUUCACUGUCAUGCCACUCAGUUUCUCGCUUCUGCUUUGAGGGGUCGGUUAUCCUAUUAUGGCCGAGACAGAAAGCAUAGCACGCAAGAAGGGCUUACAAACUUCCAUGCUCUGUGCCAGCUACACUUAAGCCAUUUGUAAGUGUUCCUCUGCCCAGCUUGCUAGCAGUUGCAAGGGGCAACUCUUUUCAUCAGGGGUACGUUCCUGUAUAUCCCAAAGCAUGUUGUGGCAGAAGCAGUCCUAACCUCCAACCUCCCCAAUUUAUUCCCUUGCUUUUUGCACACAUUACUCAUCCUUAAGCAUUCACUUGUUUAGGACAACGUUUGUAACUGUUGGGAAGUUGGAGGUAAGAGAGAAUCUGCUUUUCUCGCUCUCUGACCGCCCCUUCUGGCACCUGAUUUAUCCCAUUUCAUCAGUAUUGCAGAACUGGUUUAAAUUAGUCCUGCAGAGAGGCCCACUGCUGUUGCGAAGCAAACAAGUGGGUUUAAUGGCCAGCAUGAAUGAGACCUGCAGGAAAAAGGAGGGAAAUCAAGUAUAAGGGAUAGUUUGAAUAUUACUUGAAACUGGCU